AUGUGGUUUCCAAAUACGAAGGCAACAACAAUCAGAAAGGGGGGAAAUGGAUUGAUUGCAGUUGCUAUUGACAAGGAUAGUAAAGGGAGUCGCCACGCUCUCAAAUGGGCUGCGGAUACUCUUCUUUCCAGAGGCCAAACUCUUGUUCUAAUCCACGUUUUGCAUUCUACUUCAGUAUGCAACAGCACAAGCCUGGCUGCAUCUCCCCAUGGAGAACGAGUUUCCAAUAUUUGCAAGGAUUUGUUCCGUACCUUCCAUUGCUAUUGUUCACGCAAAGAUAUACAUUGCCUCGAUGUCCUACUUGAAGACACCGAUGUGAUCAAAGGAAUAACAGAAUAUGUCUCCAGUGCUGCAAUUGAGACCUUGGUGCUGGGUGCAGCGUCCAGGCAUGGCUUUAUUAGAUUCAAGUCAAGCACCCCAAGCAGCAUAUUGAAGGGGGUGCCAGAUUUCUGCACAGUGUAUGUCAUUUCAAAGGGCAAAGUGUCUUCAGUUCGGAAAGCCACUCGUCCAGCCCCACAUGCCUCCCCACUGCUCAACGACAUACAAACCCUAAAUAAUGAUAAUUCAAUUAAAUCUGGGGAUGUGAUGUCUAGACGCAUGACCUUCAGGGACAGCAGGGCAGCAAGCAAAGCUUCCAGCUGGCAGGGUGAAUCAAAUCAAUCAAUGAAAAGAGUAAGCUUCAGUAGAAGAUCUUGCAUGGAUUUCGCUGAAUCUGACACAGACAUAUCAUUUGUGAGCUCGGGGAGGCCAAGCACCAGCAGUGCCCGUUCAUCCUCUGUUUUCUGCGACUAUAUGGACUCUGCUCGAAAUUCACGAACUUCAACCAGUUCAGAUCGUAGCUUGGGAUCCCGGUUGGGACUCAAGCUCACUGACCCCAUUUCUCCAGAUGAUUCCUUUUCGAUGGAUAGCUCCCGAACAUCUUUUUCAUGUUCCGUACACAACAUGGAUGAAGUGGAAUCUGAUAUGAGGAAGUUGAAGCUCGAAUUAAAGCAAACAAUGGAAAUGUACAGUACUGCGUGCAGAGAAGCGCUAACAGCACAACAGAAGCUAGUGGAACUGAGCAACUGGAGAAUGGAGGAAGAAAAGAAAUUAGACGAGGCACGAUUGGCCCAGGAAGCGGCACAGGCAGUUGCAGAGCAAGAGAAAGCGAGAAGUAAAGCAGCGAGGGAAACAGCUGAAGCAGCUAAGCAAAUUGCAAGGGUUGAAUCAAAUAGAAGAGAAAGUGUGGAACUGAAAGCUCUUAAGGAGGCAGAGGAAAUGAGGAAACAAUUGGAUAGUCUAACCCAAACUGAUAAAAGAUACAGAAGAUACACAAUUGAGGAGAUUGAAAAGGCAACAGACUUUUUCUCUGAAUCCCGGAAAAUAGGGGAAGGAGGCUAUGGCCCUGUCUAUAAAUGUUACCUGGAUCACACUCCAGCGGCUGUCAAGGUUCUGCGUCCAGAUUCUGCUCAAGGGAAGUCACAGUUUCAGCAAGAGGUUAACAUUCUGGGCUGCAUACGCCAUCCCAACAUGGUGCUUCUUCUAGGAGCUUGUCCCGAGCGUGGCAUACUCAUAUAUGAAUACAUGGCCAGCGGAAGCUUAGAAGAUUGUCUCUUGGGAAAGAAGAAAAACGGUCCAAUGUGUUGGCAGCUGAGGUUUCGAAUAGCAGCAGAAAUAGCCACGGGCUUACUCUUCCUCCAUCAGACAAAGCCUGAACCAUUGGUGCACCGUGAUCUUAAACCAGGAAACAUAUUACUAGACCACAACUACGUUAGUAAGAUAAGUGAUGUUGGAUUGGCCAGACUUCUCCCUGCUGUGGCUGAAAAUGUGACACAAUGCCGCAUGACUUCAGCAGCUGGAACGUUCUGUUAUAUUGAUCCUGAAUAUCAGCAAACAGGAAUACUUGGCGUCAAAUCUGAUGUCUAUUCUCUUGGGAUCAUACUUCUUCAAUUAUUGACUGGUAAGCGUCCAAUGGGGCUGGCUCAUCAGGUUGGAGAAUCUAUUGAGAAGGGCACAUUUGCUGAAAUCCUUGACGCAUCUGUCCCUGACUGGCCUCAUGUUGAAGCCCUUUGCCUUGCAAAUUUGGCACUCAAAUGUGCAGAACUCAGACGAAAAGACCGCCCUGACCUUGACAAACUUGUGUUGCCGGAGCUCCUCAUUUUGAGAGAAUUUGCACAAGAAAAUAUGACUCACUCCUUUUUUGGUGGAGAUGCCAUUAAUGCACCAUCCCCCACUCACAGUCAAGAUUCCAUUUUGCAGGAUGUGAUGAGCGAACCAAGGUCUGAACAUUCUUUAAGCUCCAGAACCCCAUCAACUCCAUCAACGCCAGAAGAAGAAAAACAAGGUAUUACUUUUAGUGUGUUAAAUUAAUAUAUAAAAUGGACCAGACACUGCAGCAAUAUUGCUACGGACACACGCACUAACGUUAAAUUUGUUUUGCAGGGACCAGCGACGAGUAACUCCCUCCGCCACUGAA